GACAGCUCCACAUCCACAGGGCGGUACUCUGCUCCUCUCAUCCAGCGGCACUUCUCUUGCCUCCUCUCCGGGUUUGUUUGUUCAAUUAUUUUCCAGGCAGCUGGAGGAGAAGAAAGGAGGGAUGCGCGCAGGGAGUCCGUGAACGCCACAAAGAAGUUCUCGAGGCAGGCGGACAGAGGACUCUCCUGUUGAUUCAGCGCUGCGCACCUUUUGGGGUAAUAUUUCUGGAGCACACCUCUCAUCUCCACAUGGCAAAGUUCCUGGCUGAAUUGCUGGGGUGCACACUUCCAGACAAGGGCACUCCACCUUUGUUCGAGUGCCAGAGCCAACCCCUCCUCGGGCUGAGGCCGUCCUCCAAACAGCGGCCAACAAUCUUUGGGACAUUAACCAACGAGAGAGCGCUGUUUGACAACAGACUGGACAACAUGCCUCAGACUCCACCGUUCACGGGUCAGCUGAACACCGGCGGAUACAACAAAAACCUGUACCAGACCAAGGAGGAAGGCUACUCUGGCCUCUACUAUCAUGACAACAACCUGGCGUCCGGGUCCCUGGAGGCCCUCAUUCACCACUUGGUCCCAACUGUAGACUAUUAUCCAGAUAGGACGUACAUCUUCACCUUCCUGCUCAGCUCUCGUCUUUUUAUCCGGCCGCACGAGCUCAUGUCGAAGGUGUGUCACCUCUGCAUGGAGCAACAGCGACUCAGCGAUCCCCAAGCGGACAAGAUGAGAGUCAGGAAGAGCGCUCCCAAGAUCCUCCAGCUGCUGACGGAGUGGACGGAAACCUUCCCGUACGACUUCAGAGACGAGCGGAUGAUGAGGAGCCUGAAGGAGCUGACCCACCGGCUGGCCAAUGGAGACGAGGUGUACAGGAAGGCGGUGGGCCAGAUGAGCCAGGGUCUGAUCAGGAGGUUGACGGUGCUCAGCCAGUACGAGGAGGCGCUGGUUAAGAUCAAUGCCACGGCGGCCGAGCGGCUGACGGCUCUUAAGGCGAAGCCCCAGGCGUCCAUCCAGAGAGACAUGCUGUCCAUCUGCAACGACCCGUACACCGUCGCCCAACAGCUCACGCACAUAGAACUGGAGAGACUGGGCUACAUCGGACCUGAGGAAUUCGUCCAGGCCUUUGUACAGAAAGACCCUCUGGACAACGAUAAGAGCUGCUUCAGUGAUCACAAGAAGGCCAGCAACCUGGAAGCUUAUGUGGAAUGGUUCAACAGACUCAGUUAUCUGGUGGCUACAGAGAUCUGCAUGCCCGUGAAGAAGAAGCAGCGAGCUCGAGUCAUGGAGUUCUUCAUCGACGUGGCGCGCGAAUGCUUCAACAUCGGCAACUUUAACUCCCUCAUGGCCAUCAUAUCUGGGAUGAACAUGAGUCCGGUGUCUCGGCUCAAGAAGACCUGGAAUAAAGUGAAAACGGCCAAGUUUGACAUCUUAGAACACCAGAUGGAUCCUUCCAGCAAUUUCUACAACUACAGAACAUCCCUGAGAGGAGCCACACAGCGGUCGAUCACCGCCAACAGCAGCAGAGAGAAGAUUGUCAUCCCUUUCUUCAGCCUGCUCAUCAAAGACAUCUACUUCCUCAACGAGGGCUGUGCCAACAGGCUGCAGAGCGGACACGUCAACUUUGAGAAAUUCUGGGAACUCGCCAAACAGGUGAGCGAGUUCAUGGCCUGGAAGAAAGUAGAGUGUCCGUUUGAGAAGGAUCGCAAGAUCCUGCAGUACCUGCUGACGGCUCCGGUGUUCACUGAAGAUGCGUUGUACCUGGCAUCGUACGAGAGCGAAGGUCCUGAGAACCACAUGGAGAAGGACAGAUGGAAGUCUCUGAGAUCCGCUCUGCUGAGCAGGGUCUAACCUCAGGAGACCAGAGUGAAGACAAACCCCUGACAGGCGAGCCGGUCGACGCCGUUGUCUAAAACGAAGUAUCCCCGUGUUUGAGGGGAAACGACAAUCUCUACUUUGGCUGGCGAGGAUCUUUUGUGCCCCCCCCCUUCAGAUUUCUAUUAAGCUCCUCCCCCUCUCGCCUCUUUGUGCUGUAUAUUUCAGGACAGCCGUUUUCUCCUCUUUGUAUGACUUUGUAGUCUUUUUAAAAAAAGAGAAACGCUACAAACCUUCACAGUAAAGCUGAGGCUUCCUUCUGUGAGUCGCUGGGGUUGUUUGUUCCCCCCCGCUACUUUUUGUUUUCCACUAAAGCUACAAGGUUAGCCGCUGGUUGGCUAACUCGACAGAAAAUGCUACUCACGCUGGUUCCAUGAGCCAGCGUCAUUUGUACGGAGAACUCAUGAACUUGCCUGGAACACUGUUCAUCUUCAAGCCAGACAUUAUUCCUAGUUUGUGUCUCUCGCGUCGUGUUUUUCUGAAACUUUGUGUUCAUUGUGAUGUGUAAGGAAAUGCACUGGCUGCAUUUUGAAGAUUAAUAAGAGUUUUUGUUUUGUUUGUGUAAAGUUUUGUGGUUUUCUUGAGCAGCAAGCGACACGUUGUGGUUUAACUGACACACUAAAAGGCUUCAGGCGGCUUUAAGUGUCUGAACAUCUUAAACCUGUUUCCUCUGGACUUGGUGUUUCGGACGCUGUUCUUUUGAAGCCUUGAGCAGGGAGCCUGAAUGGAAGAUGUCGUGAUAGUGUUUCCUCUUGUCCCUGAUGAUCAGUGUUGAGAUGAGCCCCACUGCUGCUGAGAAUAUCAACUGGGCUGAAAACCAUUCACUCUUUUAGUUCCUGCUCUAAUGUAGACGAACCAGUGUGCUGGUGCUGCCCCCUGUUGGUUCAGUCGGAUAAGUGAGUGUGCUCAAAUAAUGUGAACUGAGGAUUUCUGUUUAAACAUGCUAAAUAAUAUCCUUUUUUAUUUUUCAUGUUAUUAAAAAAAGUACAGUUUUCCUCUUUUUUAAUUUUUAUUUAUAAAUCUAUUUGUGUAGUCGCAUCAUGUCCUCAUGCCAAUAUUUACUAUUAUUUUGUUAUUUAAUAUGGUACUAGCUCCAGAACAUGUUUAAGUAGAUAUUGGCUUAACCAUUAUUUUUAUAUACGAUGUUUGUAUGAAACACUUAUUUUUCGAGGUACUAGCUCAGAGGAUGAAGUUGAAUGACGGACGUGUGCUUGGCCUCGACUGCUCCUCCCUCAGCAGUGUGCUGUUGUGGUUUAUUCUGUACAUACUGUUUGUUUUCCUCCGUGUUCAUUCAUCUGCAUUUUGACUGUUUAAAUGGAAAAGAGGAACCGUUUAUAAAUGAAUUGGUGAUGAAAAGAGUUAAUAAAAGGAUGUUUAAAAGU